AUGCCGUCUGCCAUUUCGGAAGGCUUCUGGGGCCUGGUCGGGCCCUUUCUCUUUCUGUGGGUUUCCGCAAAGGCACUGCCGCCCACAAUCUUGCGGCUCGUCAAGGAGCGCGACUUUGGGACCCUGCUGUCCCCGCGCCGCCUGCAGGACGCCUGGUUUGGCACGUUCUGGGGCCGCUUCGGGCCGCAGGUCAAGAUCAAUGCCUCGGUCAAGGUCCUGCCGCUGCUCGACGGCCGCGUCGUCAACGGCAAGCUGCUGGACAAGCCCGCCGUGCCGGGCCUCGAGGGCGUGUGCAUCGAGGUCGGCGCCGGCGCGGGCUACUGGGUCGACAUCUUUGCCAACAAGCACAUGGACUCGUCGUCGUCGUCGUCAUCCAUGGGCAGGACCAAGCAGGUGACCCGGGUGUACGGCAUCGAGCCGAACCCGAACCAGCACGCGAGCCUGCGGAAGCACAUUGCCAAGGCCGGGCUCGAGGACGUCUACAAGAUUGUGCCCGUGGGCAUCGAGGACCUGGACAACCCCAAGAAGUGGGACGGCAAGAUCGAAAAGGAGAGCGUCGACUGCAUCGUCACGGUGCUCUGCCUGUGCAGCAUCCCCGAGCCCGAGCGGCACAUCCGCGAGCUGUACGGGUACCUCAAGAAGGGCGGCCGCUGGUACUUCUACGAGCAUGUCCAGUGCUCAGUGAGCCGGUACAUGAAGGCGUAUCAACGCUUUAUCAAUCUCUUCUGGCCGCAGUUCCUCGGAGGCUGCCAGCUGUGCAGGCCCACUGGUGAAUAUUUCCGCCAGGCGGGCGAGUGGCAGAAUGCCGACAUUGCCGCUCCUUGGGACGCGCAGUGGCAUAACGUGGUGCCUCACGUCAUCGGGGUCUUGACCAAGUAG